AUGACAAAGGUGCUACUUUUCGCGUUGGUCAGCUGCAUCCUCACCCAGAAUCAGGCCAACCUCAUUGGGCGCUGUGACCUGGCCAAGGUGUUGCAUGAGGAGGAUAUGGAUGGCUUUGAGGGCUACUCCCUGAGCGACUGGCUGUGCCUGGCCUUUGUGGAGAGCAGUUUCAACAUCUCCAAGGUGAACGAAAAUGUAGACGGCAGCUCUGACUAUGGCCUCUUCCAGAUCAACAGCCACUACUGGUGCAACGAUUACAGGAGCCACACGAAGAACCUGUGUCAAGUGGACUGUCAAGAAAUGCUGAAUCCUAACCUUCUCUCAGGCCUCUCCUGUGCAAAAAAGAUUGUGUCUGGAGCAGAGGGCAUGAACAGCUGGAUGGCAUGGAAGCUGCACUGUUCAGGCCGACCACUCUCCUACUGGAUGACAGGCUGCCGCCUGGGCUGA